AUGGUCGCACAGGGACGCCAGGGCCUCAUGGCCAAGGCGCUCGCCUGCGCCGCCCUCGCCUGGACCUGCAUCGGCGGCUCGGGGUCGCUCGCCGGGUUCCUUACCCCGGCUGGCAGCGGCCCGCUGCCGCCCGCACCCCGGCCGGCGUACCGCAGGCAGCUGGCGACCGGCCGCGACGGCCGAGAGCCCGCCGUCGCCAUGCGCGCGAACUCGGCCGAGCCCUCUGCUCCGACGAGUAACCCCAAGGUUCGGAGGAUGCAGUUCGGCAAGUUCUACAGCCCCCAAGGGCGUCAGGUUAGGGUCCGGGUGAACCGUCACACGAACAAGCCGAUCCUCUACAGGAUGCACGUGCAGGAGGGCGACUUCGUCCAGGUGCAGAAGGGCAAGGACGCGGGGAAGGUCACCCAGGUCAUUAGGGUCUACAGGAAGUGGAACAAGGUGCUGUGCCUGGGCGUCAACUUUGUGAUCAAGCACGUGCGGCCGCAGCGCGAGGACGAAGUGGGCUCUCGCGUGCAGGUGGAACAUCCUCUUCACGCCUCGAACCUCCUGCAGUACGACAAAGAAGAGGGGGUCGCGGGCUACCUGGGCAUCCGCUGGGUGCCACAGAAGGUCAGCGAGGGCGGGGAUGUGAUCUACUACCCGGAAAGGUACAACAAGGCCACGGGCAACGCCAUCCCGAACCGUGUCCCGCCCAAGUGGACGCCCGUGCUCGAGCGGAGCGAGGAGGAGGAGGACGACGAAUGA